UCCAAAUGGCCAUCCGGCUUCUGUUUCUUUGCCUCCCCGGCGCCCUCCUGUGACUCUCGCAAACGUCCUACCUCAAACUUCCGCGGAAAGGGCGGGAGAGAGGCUCGAUGGCCAACCCCAAGGAGGAGCUCUUAGCCCGCCCCUCGCGCCCCCCCCCACCCCACCCCGUUGAUUGCAGCGGGAGGGGAGAAGCCCGGCUUCAGCUCCAGCCAGUUUCACUCCCCUGGCUGGAGGCUGAGUGGCGGCGGCAGCGGGGCUCCUGCUGGAAGCGGCUGGGCUGCUGACAGCUCCUCCCGAGCUCUCUUAGCAGCGGCGGCUACGCGAAAAGGGACAGUUUCCUGCAGCAUCGUCUCCAACGCAACAAAGCGGCUCCUCCAAUCUCCUCCUUUCCCUCCCCUCCCCUCCCCUUCUCCAUCUUCCUUUGACUUCGUGCCGCCGCCGCCUCUUCUUCCUUUCCUCAUCUUCUAUCGAACCCCUCGAGUCCCCCGCGGGCGGGAAGAAGGGGAGAAAAGGCAGCCAAGCAAACGAGAGAUGGUGGAGCCAUAGCAGUUCCCUUGGAUUGCCUACCCCGGCGGCAGCAGCAAGCGACUUGACGCCCCUUUCCUCCAUCCUGCUCCCUUCCACCUCUAAAGGCGCCACCGGUCGGCGUCGCUGGCAGCGGGGAUCGGUUCCUCCUGCAGUUCUGGUUCUCCGUGGACUCCCAAUCAAGCGGGAGGAAGAGUGGCCGCCGGCCGCCGACCGGCAGGGGCAGGGUGUUCAGGCGGCGGCAGCAACAAAGGCAUCUUUCUGUCUCCGCUCCCCUUUGCUAAGGCUAGCCAUGGAAGAUGGAUCUUCGUCGGCCAGCUGCUUUAGGCGCUUUACCGAGUGUUUCUUGAGCGCAAGUUUGACAGAUGAAAAAGUGAAGGCCUAUCUUUCUCUUCACCCCCAGGUACUGGAUGAAUUUGUGUUGGAGAGCGUUGGUGCUGAAACAGUGGAAAAAUGGCUACAAAGAAAACAAAAUAAAGAGCAAGAUGUUUCAGGUCCUAAGCAUGUCAGCAGGUACCAAAAUUCUGAUAUGGAAGGAAUGGUGUACGAUCUGAACAGCCAUUUAGAGAAACGGACGGAUACAGUAGGGAACAGUCAACUGCUCUUGUAUGAAUUGAGCACCAUCAUUCAAAUAGCUACAAAGGCUGAUGGGUUUGCACUGUAUUUCCUGGGAGAAUGCAAUAAUAGUCUUUGCAUGUUCACACCACCAAGAGUGAAGGAUGGACAACCAAUACUUGUUCCUGUAGGACCAGUUAAAUACGGCACCACAAUAUCUGCUCACGUAGCCAAAUCUAAGAAAACACUAUUAAUAGAAGAUAUUUUGGGGGAUGAACGGUUUCCAAAAGGAACUGGGCUGGAAUCAGGGACUCGUAUCAAGUCUGUACUUUGUUUGCCAAUUGUGACCGUGCUUGGAGAUCUAAUUGGUAUCCUGGAGCUUUAUCGAAAAUGGGGUAAUGAAACUUUCCAUCUCAGUCACCAAGAGGUUGCAGUAGCAAACCUUGCGUGGGUCUCAGUAGCAAUGCAUCAAGUAGAGUGUUCCCAACAUUUGCAUCAGGUAUCCAAGGGUUUGGCCAAACAGACUGAACUGAAUGACUUCCUGCUUGACGUAUCAAAAACCUACUUUGAUAACAUAGUUGCAAUAGAUUCUCUACUUGAAAAUAUAAUGAUAUAUGCAAAAAACCUGGUGAAUGCAGACCGCUGUGCCCUCUUCCAGGUAGAUCAGAAGAACAAUGAGUUGUAUUCAGACUUGUUUGAUAUUGGAGAAGUACAUGAAGGGAAGCCUGUCUUCAGGAAGACCAAAGAAAUAAGAUUUUCUAUUGAAAAAGGAAUAGCUGGUCAAGUAGCAAGAACUGGUGAAGUCCUCAACAUACCCGAUGCCUAUGCAGAUCCACGUUUUAACAGGGAGGUAGAUCUCUACACAGGCUACACAACAAGGAAUAUUUUAUGCAUGCCUAUUGUGAGUCGAGGAAGUGUCAUAGGUGUUGUGCAGAUGGUGAACAAAUUAACUGGAAGUGCCUUUUCUAAAACGGAUGAGAACAAUUUUAAAAUGUUUGCGGUCUUUUGUGCUUUGGCAUUACACUGUGCUAAUAUGUAUCACAGAAUUCACCAUUCAGAAUGUAUAUAUCGGGUAACAAUGGAGAAGCUUUCAUAUCACAGUGUUUGUACAGCAGAAGAAUGGAAAAAUCUAAUGGAUUGCAAACUCCCACCACAACUCUGCAGAGACAUUGAACAAUUUCAUUUUGACAUUGGUCCUUAUGAAGAUUUUUGGCCAGCAAUUUUCAUCUAUAUGAUUCAUCAAAGUUGUGGAGUAGGCUGGAUGAACAGAAGUCGAAAGGCUAACAAGAGAGAAGAUGGCAGUGCUAUGAUGUCAGCAUUGAGCCUUUAUAUGGAGUCUGAUAUUAUGGAGGAAGGUUUUGAUAUGGAAAAACUAUGUCGUUUCACGAUGUCUGUAAAGAAGAACUAUCGUCGAGUGCCCUAUCACAACUGGAAACAUGCCAUCACAGUUGUACAUUGCAUGUAUGUUAUUCUUCAGCACAACCAGAAGACUUUCACAGACUUAGAAAGAAAGGGUCUUCUCGUCGCCUGUUUAUGUCAUGACCUGGAUCACAGGGGUUAUAGCAACAGCUAUCUCCAGAAAUUUGAUCAUCCAUUGGCAGCACUUUAUUCCACCUCAACUAUGGAACAGCAUCAUUUUUCUCAGACAGUGUCUAUACUGCAGCUGGAAGGCCACAAUAUUUUCUCUAAUUUGAACUCCAAUGAGUAUGAACAGGUCUUGGAAAUUAUCCGCAAAGCCAUUAUUGCUACAGACCUUGCUCUGUACUUUGGAAACCGAAAGCAACUGGAAGAGUUACAACAAACAAGAUCACUGAAUCUUAAAAACCAAGCACAUAGGGAUCGCGUGAUUGGCUUGCUGAUGACAUCUUGUGACUUGUGUUCUGUGACAAAAUUGUGGCAUGUUACCAGACUGACAGCCAAUGAUAUAUACGCAGAGUUUUGGGCUGAGGGUGAUGAAAUGAAGAAGUUAGGUAUUCAACCUAUACCUAUGAUGGACAGAGAUAAAAAAGAUGAAGUUCCUCAGGGUCAGAUUGGGUUCUAUAAUGCUGUAGCUUUGCCCUGCUAUAGUACGCUUGCACAGAUCCUCCCUCCCACAAUACCACUCCAUCGAGCAUGCAGGGAAAAUCUCAAACAAUGGGAAAAGUUGAUACGAGGGGAAGAAGCUUAUGGAUGGAUACCCUCCCAAUCUAGUAAUUCUGACUCAGAAUCUUUCCCUGUGAAGAUUGUUGACUGAUCCACAUUUAAGGCUUUUUAUUCCACAAUUUUUAGCCUUUUAAAAGGAUAAACUCUGCAAAUACAAACUGUGGGAAUGCUGAGUGCAAAUUUCUUUUCUUCGGUGAUACAAUGUGAACACAAGUUUCAACUAUUCAAGCAAAAGUCGGCUUGUAAAUAUAAAAGACUGGCUUUUUAAUAGGCUAUUUUGCUGAGGCCUUAAUUUCAAAAUGAUUGGGCUGAGAAGGCUAACCUAGGCUUAGUUUUAAAUUGUGUCUUUGUGGUAAGGAGGUUUCACUGGUACUUUAGCAUACUAUUACACAAUACUGUGAUUGGCUUAAAUACCAGGUUCACCUGGGGAAGUCUUGACUGUAAUAAGACAUUUCCACACUGAUAGGGUAAAUGUUGUUGUUUGAUCUUUGAACUCCAGAAGAAAAUCUCUGGGGCAAAAACUGUCACUGAGUUUACAGUACUUGAAUUUAUCUUGCUGCAAAUGGGAGGUUUAAUUUCCAGAUACUAGUCUCCAAAAGCACUAUGAAGCAACUACUUUGUUGCACCCAUUAGAUGUUAAGAAAAAUAUAUCAGUGUUUCUUUAGUGAUUUUGUAAUUUAGGUAAAAUGUCCAUUUCUACCCUGGAAACAGAAUAUUUACCUCUGGUUGUAAGUAUCCCAUUAGGUACCUGAAGACCCAUCUUUUCAACCCUAUGGGUUGAAUUUCAAAUGUGGUAGUCUAAAUUUGUCAGGAAAAGCUAGUCAUUGUUUAAACAAAUAUUACAGAUGGAUGCCUCCAAAUCACAGCUAGUUCACAAAAAAUAGAACCUUCCAGUCAUAAUCUCCAGAAGUCACAAUGGUACUUACAUGUUCUUAUUCUGUGUUGCUCAUUAGCAGCAGGUAAACUCUGUUUUACCUUUCACUUUGAAUCUCAAUUUACCCAAAAACUUUUAAAACAAAUUGUCCAGUCUUGUAACCUGUUGCCUGUGGAACAAGAAAGCUGAUAUGUUAAACCAUUGCUCUUACAUACUGUGAAUGAAGUCUGUAUUGAUAUUGGCCCCAAUUCUGCACAAAAUUUCAUUAUGUGAUAUAUUUCCAUUUUUGUUAGGCUGUACACACUUUGAAAAUGUGAAGUAGAAAGAAAGAAAUUGAAAGAAGUAUUAUAAACCUUAGAUGAGCAACAGCACCUCUGAUACUAAUUAGAACAGGGGUCUCCAAUCUUGGCAACUUUAAGACUUGUGGAGUUCAACUCCCAGAAUUCCUUAGCCAGCAAAGCUGGUUGGGGAAUUCUGGGAAUUGAAGUCCACCAGGCUUAAAGUUGCCAAGGUUGAAGACCCCUGAAUUAGAAUAGUCCUUUUUCAGGGUUCCUUAUGAACUUGAAACAAGUUGUGGCUGCAUUAAGUUUAAGAAAUUGGUUCCUUAAAGGGGCAAUGUCUUUUUUUCUCACAGGCACACACACAAAACCCUGAAAAAAAUUAUUUUGAUGGAUAGCAGAGAGGAGUUGUGCUCCUAGGAGGCCCCAAAAAGCUUCUUCCAAAUUAGUUUUGAAGUAUGUACAGUCCUAAUGUCUAUACCUCUUUGCAGAACUGUAUUUGCAACUAUGUUAACCUUAAUUUAGUUUUAGACAAUGUAUCAAUAAGCCAUGAGGUUUAAUCCUAGCACCACUGACCUCAGUGUGAACACCUCUAUUGACUUGAAUGGAAAUCUCUCUCUCUUUCUCUGCCUCUCUUUGUUUCUCUCUAUCUCGGUAGGAGAGUCUUCCUGCUGAAGUAGGCUUCAUUCGUAUACUUGAUAUAGCAUUUAAAUGGGUCUAUCAUAUAGGCCUUCUUGGCAAAACCUUACAUAAAAUAUAUACACAUCACCACUGUAUGCCCCAUUCCAACAUUAUUCUCAAAAUGCAGACAUGUGCUGGAUCCAUAAGCUUUCAUGCGUCAUGCAACAGUGGUCGGAACGUAACUAUCAAAUGCUGAAAGAGUCAAAUGAAGAAAAUAUUGGAAAGCAAAUAGUUGAUUUAUAAACUGAGAUAUGGAUCCUAAAAUGGAUUUUGGACAAAUAACUCUUUGUUUCUUUUCUGCUUUUCAUGCAUAAGAUUACCAUGGCUACCUCUCUGGAAUAUAAUUGUAUUUUUAGCUGAUUAAUUAUGAACGAUAUUAUAUAAGUUAUUCUGUGCCAGUUCAAUGUCAUUUUAAUUGAUGAUUUUAUUGGUGAGGAUCCAAAGAAUCUGGGUUACAACUGAGCACAUACAAUAGAGAUGGGGAAACCUAUAUCCUUCUAGAUCUUGUUGAACUAGAGCUCCCAGCUGCCCUGGCUAAGGUUGCUUAUGAUGAUGAAUGAUGAGAGUAAGAGAUUAGUAGCAUGGGGGAGGGGUUUGGGAAUAGUUAUUUUCAUUCUUGGAAUAUUUUUAUUUAUAAAUGUGCACAAUCUGGUUAGAAAUAUAAUUGCACAAAAACACUAGGGCUUUUAGCAUAUGUCUAAUUUGUAGAUUUUAGUUUUGUGCCCUAACACAGGGGUCUCCAACCUUGGCAACUUUACGACUUGUGGACUU